AUGGUCCUCACUGAAAAGUCAGUCUGUGGGGCAGCCGAUAAAAUUCUUGGAUACACCCAGCGACGCCACAAUGAUUCGAUCAGCGGACGAACCCUGCGGUUGUCUGCUGAGACAGCCCUAGUUAGGGGCCGUAAUGAUGAUUCUUUCUACCAACUAAGAAAGACAACAGCAAAAUCGGCCAGAGAGGACCGAAAGAAAUACUGGUUUGAAAUAGCAACCUCGAUGGAGCAGGCCUCGAACGUCGGUGAUAAUCGGAAGCUCUACGAACUUAUUAUCCAAGCUAGUUGUAAGCUAUCUUCACUAAGUGACUCAGUUUUUGACGUGAAUGGCGGCUUUAUUGCUGGCAACGCGACCAAGGUCGAGCGCUAA